AUGCAAACCCAUUAUGAAGUAUUGAAUGUGACCUCUGAUGCAACUCAAGAAGAGAUCAAACUAGCGUACAAGCAGAAACUACUCACUUCACACCCAGACAAGACGUCUAGUAGUAGCUCCAAACAGCCGAACAUCAUUGCAAAGAUCGUCGAAGCCUACAAUGUACUAUCGAACCUGACUUCACGCACGGCCUAUGACAAGCAACUUGAAUCCGAUAUAAAGGGAACAGGGUAUAACAUCUCCGGAGGUGGACUUGACGUGUACAGCCUAGACGACUUCAAUUUCGUGCAGGAUAAAUUCGUGAAGACAUGUCCAAGAUGCGAAUUUGUCGAUAGUCUAGUGUUGACCGAGGAGGAUUUGGAGAAUGGCACACCAAACAACGAAGACGGAUAUGACAUUAUCUUGCAAUGCAAUAGCUGCAGCUUGUGGAUCCAAGUGAACUACUUUGAGUCAUGA